UUGAGCUCUGAGAGGAUUUCUGUCAUCUUCAACUCUCUUCUCUGGUGGAGUGCAUGUAAAUGAUGGAGACACUGGUGACGUUCCUCCUCACUGGAUCUCUGAUACAAGGUGUUUUUUGUGGCUACAGUAUCAAUCUGCCACAGAGAGUAGAAGCUCUACGAGGAUCCUGUGUUUUCAUACCCUGCUCAUUUGAUAUUGAUCCACAGCUGAGCAUUUACCUCACUAACAGUGCAAAGAGAAAAUGGUUUAAUGCUGUAACACAAGUGUUUGACUCCAGCAGCCCCAACACUGGACUGUUAAAAGGAGAAAUAUUUGGCACUGCUUCACAGAAAAACUGCACCACACGCUUCGAUAAUCUUGAUCAGAGUCAUAAUGGGUCAUAUUACUUCAGACUUGAAGCCGGCAUUUUAUUGCAAUAUAACUACAAAGAACCUAAACACACACAAGUUCAAAUUGCCGUCUUAGGAUCUCCACCCAAACCCACCCUGAGUCUCUUUAAGGAUCAGCAGGAGGUGAUGAAGAUGAUGGAGGUGAUUGAGGGAAGUUCAGUGAUUCUGCGCUGCUCUACUAAGAUCUUCUGUCCGUCUCGUCCACCAUCUCUCAGAUGGAGCUCAUCUCUCAAUGAGAGCGUCACAGAACAGCAGUAUCAGAACCAAACUGAUCUCAUCUCGGAUCUGAACUUCAUUGUUUCUCAGCGUCAUCACAGAGUCACUUUCACCUGCACUGCAACACACCAGCUACAGCAGCCGACCACGACACAAGAGUCCUGGAUAAUACUAGUUCAGUAUGGUCCUAAAAACACAUCGGUGAGGAUAAAUCCAGCUGGUUUGGUUCUGGAGGGCUGUUCUGUGACUCUGAGCUGCAGCAGUGAUGCAAACCCAGCAGUGAACUACACCUGGUACAGAGACACUGAAGGACUCCUGAAUCCAGUUCAGACCGGACCAAACCUGACCAUCAGCAACACCGACCCGUCACACAGAGGACGAUACUACUGUAGAGCUGAGAACAAACACGGCACUCAGAACACAUCAGUGCUGCUGGACGUCCAGUAUGGUCCUAAAAACACAUCGGUGAGGAUAAAUCCAGCUGGUUUGGUCCUGGAGGGUUGUUCUGUGACUCUGAGCUGCAGCAGUGAUGCAAACCCAGCAGUGAACUACACCUGGUACAGAGACACUGAAGGACUCCUGAAUCCAGCUCAGACUGGACCAAACCUGACCAUCAGCAACACCGACCCGUCACACAGAGGACGAUACUACUGUAGAGCUGAGAACAAACACGGCACUCAGAACACAUCAGUGCUGCUGGACGUCCAGUGUGAGUACUAA